GUAAAGUUCUUUUACUUAAUGAUACAAGUUCUUCAGACUAAGUAAACGACAUCAUAACCUUUCAGUAUCAGCAUUAGUUUCACAGUUUCCCAGCACUGUUUACAGAUAUAAACAGAUAUGGACAAAAGUGUUCAAGGAGGUAAAGCAUACGGCUUUCUAAAGUCUCAACAGGAGGAAAAACUGAACUCCAUUAAUGAGGCUUUUCUCUCAGAUCCAAAGUAUGCAGAAGAGGAAGAAUUGGCCUCAAAGCUAGAAAUGUUUAAAAAUAAAUACAUGGAGUUUGAUCUUAAUGACAAGGGAGACAUAGAUAUGAUGGGAUUAAAAAGAAUGCUGGAAAAACUUGGGUUGGCCAAAACUCACUUAGAGCUGAAGAAGAUGAUGUCAGAGGUGGCUGGAAGUGCAUCUAACGACUCAAUCAACUAUAAUGACUUCCUAAAUAUGAUGCUGGGAAAAAGAAACGCAAUUCUAAAGCUGAUCUUGAUGUUUGAAGGCAUGGGAAAGGAACAGGAGCAGAGAGAUGUUGGACCACCUUCUCGCAAAACCUUUUCAGACCUGCCCUAAAAGACGUCUCCAUGCCAGUUCAAAAUGUCUGCCUUUACGUUUAUGACCAUACAUAAAAACUUAACUUUGUGACAACUGUUGAAAUAAUAUUAAACUUUGGAAAUAAUAAAAAGUUGUUCAAUGUUUGAUGAAAUAAUAAAAACUACCUAUUUUUUUUAUGUUGGAUAAGAUUGAAACACAUGGGAGUACAAUAUGU